GCGCUGCGGGAGGAGGCCUGGCCGGGCAGCGCAGCGGCGGCGGCGGCUCGGCGGGGCUCGGCACGGCUCGGCGGGGCUCGGCGCCGGGCCCGCACCGGCCCAGGGGCAGGAGGAUCCAGGCAGGCGGCAGGGGACGGCUCCAGGACCCCUCCUCGGCGCAGCGGGGUCCGCUCUGGUGCUGAAGAGGCGGCGGCCGCCCGCCCCGGUGCCCCACCAUGCCGUCCAGCGGGACCCUCGACGCCGGCAGCCCCAGCCGGGAGGCGCUGGACACGCACAAGGGGGAAGAGGAGCCCGAGGAGAACCCGAGCAAGGAGGAGAAGCAGGAGCCGGGGACGCCCAUGAGGAAAGCGGGGCGGCCCGGGCGGAAGCGCAAGAAUGCCCAGGUGGAAAGCAGUGACACCCCCAAAGACACAGCGGCCGUCCCCAAGUGCCCCCCGGCCUGCCCGGAGGCCAGUCCCGCCGAGCCGCUGCCCAACGGGGACGUGGAGGGGGACGCGGAGGAGGGCGGCGCGAGCCCCAAGGGCGGCCGGCCCGAGGAGGACGACACGGAGAGCAUUCCCGACGGAGAGACCGGCCGGGCGCUGGAGAACGGCCGCUGCACCCCCAAGGAGGGCCUGGACGCCCCGGCCGAUGAGGGUGAGCUGGCCCCUUCCGACCCCCAGAAGAAACGCGGGAGGAGGAAACUCCUGGAGGCCACAGAGAAAAGCAAGGACGAGAAGGAGGAAAACAACUUCGACACCCUGAAAAUGGAGGGCUCUCGUGGGCGGCUCCGGGGGGGCCUGGGCUGGGAGUCGAGCCUGCGGCAGCGGCCGAUGCAGCGACACACCUUCCAGGCCGGGGAUCCCUACUACAUCAGCAAGAGGAAGCGGGACGAGUGGCUGGCGCGCUGGAAGCGGGAGGCGGAGAAGAAGGCGAAGGUGAUCGCCGUGAUGAACGUGGUGGAGGAGCCGGCGCGGGCCGAGGCGCAGAAGGAGGAGGAGGCGAGCCCCCCGCCCGCCCCCCAGCAGCCCACCGACCCCGCCUCGCCCAGCGUGGCCACCACCCCCGAGCCCGCGGUGGCCGACGCGGGCGACAAGAACACCUCCAAAUCCGCCGACGACGAGCCCGAGUACGAGGACGGGCGCGGGUUCGGCAUCGGGGAGCUGGUGUGGGGGAAGCUGCGCGGGUUCUCCUGGUGGCCCGGGCGCAUCGUGUCCUGGUGGAUGACGGGCCGGAGCCGCGCGGCCGAGGGCACCCGCUGGGUCAUGUGGUUCGGGGACGGCAAGUUCUCGGUGGUGUGCGUGGAGAAGCUGCUCCCCCUGAGCUCCUUCGCCAGCGCCUUCCACCAGGCCACCUACAACAAACAGCCCAUGUACCGCAAGGCCAUCUACGAGGUGCUGCAGGUGGCCAGCAGCCGGGCCGGGAAGAUCUUCCCUGCGUGCCCCGAGAACGACGAGACGGACACGUCCAAGGUGGUGGAGAUCCAGAACAAGCAGAUGAUCGAGUGGGCCCUGGGCGGCUUCCAGCCCUCGGGCCCCAAGGGGCUGGAGCCCCCCGAAGAGGAGCGGAACCCCUACAAAGAAGUUUACACGGAGAUGUGGGUGGAGCCCGAGGCCGCCGCCUACGCCCCGCCCCCGCCCGCCAAAAAACCCCGCAAAAGCACAACCCAGGAGAAGCCCAAGGUGAAGGAGAUCAUCGACGAGCGCACACGAGAGCGGUUGGUGUACGAGGUCCGGCAGAAGUGCAGGAACAUCGAAGACAUCUGCAUCUCCUGCGGGAGCCUCAACGUGACCCUGGAGCACCCUCUGUUCAUCGGGGGGAUGUGCCAAAACUGCAAGAACUGCUUCCUGGAGUGCGCGUACCAGUACGACGACGACGGGUACCAGUCCUACUGCACCAUCUGCUGCGGCGGCCGCGAGGUCCUCAUGUGUGGGAACAACAACUGCUGCAGGUGCUUCUGCGUGGAGUGCGUGGACCUGCUGGUGGGCCCGGGGGCGGCGCAGGCAGCCAUCAAGGAGGACCCCUGGAACUGCUACAUGUGCGGCCACAAGGGCGUGUACGGGCUGCUGCGGCGGCGGGAGGACUGGCCCUCGCGCCUCCAGAUGUUCUUCGCCAACAACCACGACCAGGAGUUUGACCCACCGAAGGUGUACCCGCCCGUGCCGGCCGAGAAGAGGAAGCCCAUCCGGGUGCUCUCGCUCUUCGACGGCAUCGCCACAGGGCUGCUGGUGCUGAAGGACCUGGGCAUCCAGGUGGACAGGUACAUUGCCUCCGAGGUGUGCGAGGACUCCAUCACCGUGGGCAUGGUGAGGCACCAGGGCAAGAUCAUGUACGUCGGGGACGUCCGCAACGUCACCCAGAAACACAUACAGGAGUGGGGCCCCUUCGACCUGGUGAUCGGGGGGAGCCCCUGCAACGACCUCUCCAUCGUCAACCCGGCCAGGAAGGGGCUCUAUGAGGGCACUGGGCGCCUCUUCUUCGAGUUCUACCGCCUGCUCCACGAAGCCCGGCCCAAGGAGGGCGACGACCGGCCCUUCUUCUGGCUCUUCGAGAACGUGGUGGCCAUGGGGGUGAGCGACAAGAGGGACAUCUCGCGCUUCCUGGAGUCCAACCCCGUCAUGAUUGAUGCCAAAGAAGUGUCUGCAGCGCACCGGGCACGGUACUUCUGGGGGAACCUGCCCGGGAUGAACAGGCCGCUCGCCUCCACCGUCAACGAUAAGCUGGAGCUGCAGGAGUGCCUGGAGCACGGCAGGAUAGCAAAGUUCAGCAAAGUGCGAACCAUCACCACCCGCUCCAACUCCAUCAAGCAGGGCAAGGACCAGCACUUCCCCGUGUUCAUGAACGAGAAGGAGGACAUCCUGUGGUGCACGGAGAUGGAGAGGGUCUUCGGCUUCCCGGUGCACUACACGGACGUGUCCAACAUGAGCCGCCUGGCCCGGCAGAGACUGCUCGGCAGGUCCUGGAGCGUGCCGGUGAUCCGCCACCUCUUCGCGCCCCUGAAGGAAUACUUUGCCUGCGUUUAGAGACGGGCAGGAACUGGUGACACGGAGCGAGUCGGAAACAAACCCAUCCACGCCAAGAGAAGUGAACACACGGAAUGAGAGAAGAGUCAGCACCCAGAAGAGAGACGGGAUUUCGCAGCCCGACGGGAACCCAGCACGCGUCUCCCCGAGCGAAAGGGGUCGGUGUCCUCUCCUGAAUUUCCAAGGGUCAGCUUUAGCCUAUUGAAAAACAAACAAAAACCACAAAAAAGCAAAGAAACGACGAAAAAAAAAAAAAGUCGAAAGGAAACAAAAACGAAACGGAAAAAAAAAAGGAAAAAAAAAAAAAAAAGAAGAAGAAGAAGAAAAAGAAAAGAAACAAAAAAACCAAAACCGUUUUUUUUGGGUAACCUUUUAAUUUUCCGCUCUUUUCUGGCUGGGUUUUCCUGUCGGUUUGGUUUCCGCUUCUCGGAGCAGCGGGCGAGACGAGGCCGCCGUCGCCAGCGCCGCUCUCGGAGGAGGGGAAACGGCAGCGGGAAAGCCCAGCCGGGAGGGAGGCGGAGGCGAAGGAGACCCGCUCUGCUCCGAGACCCGCUCCGUCCGCGCCCAGCGCCCGCCGGCCCGGCCCUGGCAGCGCCCGCCCGGCGGCUCCAGCGCCCGGCGGCUCCAGCGCCCGGCGGCUCCAGCGCCCGGCGGCUCCAGCGCCCGGCGGCUCCAGCGCCCGGCGGCUCCAGCGCCCGGCGGCUGCGCCUCGCUCUGUUCCACCAGCACCGCUCUCCGGUGACAUGGAGCCAACCCGCCCGGCAGGGAGGCCGGGAACACACACACCACACACACACCUUUUCUACAGUAUUUUGGGUGCCUACCACAUGGAAACCUUGAAGAGAGCAGAUCUUAGAAGCCGCUGUUACCUCUUGUUUACAGUUUAUAUAUAUAUGAUAGAUAUGAGAUAUAGAUAUAUAUAUAUAUAAAAGGUACUGUUACUACUGUACAACCUGACUUCAUAAUGGUGCUUUACACAGCGGGGUGAGUCGAGACAUCAGCUUCCACGUUGCCUUACGUGCCGGGCCUUUCCGAGCGAGCGGCAGGGCCGGGGCGGCCGGGCGGAAGCGUCUCCAUCCCGAGUCAUGCAAUAACCUUUUUCUGUCCCAAACGGAAGCGCCUCGGCGGUGCCCCCUGCCCCGCCGGCGCCGCCGCCCCGCGCUCCCACAGCGUACUGGUGCUCUUCAGCGUACGUGGCGUCCGGCGGAGCCGGUGCCGGGUGUCCCCCGGUGGCAGCAGGGGGUCCUGCCCCCGGCCCUGCCCCUUCCCGCGGGGGCUGCCCGCCGGGGCGGCGCGGGGCACGGGUGCUGCCAACGGCGGGGACGCCGGCAGGGCAGGGGGGACAGAGCGGUGCCGGUGCUGGAGCGCGGCCGGGGCGCUUCUGGCAUGGCACAGGGAUGGCUGCGGGCCCCGGACCCUGGUGCUACAUCCGCGGGGCCGGGCUGGCGGCAGGAGGGCGAUGCCCCGGCGAGCCGGGACGGGGCCCGGCGGUGUCACCGCGGGCGCCGGGGCGUCGCUCCCCUGCCCACGCGCGGUUCGGAGCGAGCGCGUCCCCCCGGUGCCCCCGUGGGGCGGCCCCGUGCCCCGCCGGGGGGUGACGGGGCCCGUUGGCCGUGGCGGUGUCGGUGCCGGGAGCCGUGGUGGCAGGAGCCGCGGUGGCAGGAGCCGUGGUGGCAGGAGCCGUGGUGCGAGCGGGCAGGGCGCGGGCAGGUGCUGGCAGUGCAGUGCGGUGGAUGGUGCUACUGGUCUGGCAGCUGUGGUGCCGUGGGGUCCGGCCCGGUGCGGCCGCGGUGCCGGCGGGGCGGCCGGACCCGGUGGGGCAGGGACUGGUGCUACGGCGUGGGGAGGCUCCCGGGGGUCUCGGCCCGUCGCCGUCUCUUCUCUAACUGUGAAAGGUGCGGGGCUGCGGCGCUCGCUGCCGGGUGCUGGCUAUGGCAGCGAGCCGUGCCCGCGGCCCGGGGUGCUCAGAGGUGCUGGGACCGACGGCGGCGAGGCAGGCGGGGGGCGGCCCUGGGGCCCCCCCACCUCCCCACCCCGCCUGGUGCUACCGGGGGCCCGGGGGCCCCUCUGUGGGUGCGGCGGGCGCGGGGAGCUGAGCCGGCGCGGGGGCCGCGGUCGGGGCACCGCGGGGCCCGGCUUUGCCAGGGGGUGAAGGCGGCGGGAUGGGACGGCCCCGGGCUCUGAGCCGGGCUCUGGGCUCAGGCUCGCUCCCGGGGCCGGAUCCUGCAGUGCUGGGGCCAGGUGGCACAGGCCCACUGCACCGGGCACAGGUCCCGCCCGGUGCGGUGUGAGCCUGGCACGGCCCCACAGCCCUGUUUGCGGGGCUGCCGUGGGCACUGCGGGUUCUGCACGGCCCUGCAGCACCACGGGGACCUUGCUUGGCCCUGCAGCACUGCUUGCAGGUCCUGCACAGCUCCGUGGCACUGGCUGUGGGUCCUGCCCGGCCCCACAGCCCCAGGUGCAAGUGCUGCACGGCCCUGCAGUGCUGUUUGCAGGUCCUGCACGGCCCCGCAGCAUCGUCUGCGGGUCCUGCACGGCCCUGUGGCACUGGGUGCUGAUCCUGCACGGCCCUGUGGCACUGGGUGCUGAUCCUGCAUGGCCUUGAGGUGCUGGAUGGUGGUCCUGCACGGCCCUGCGACAUUGUUGGCAGGUCCUGCACGGCCCUGUGGCACUGGGUGCUGGUCCUGUGUGACCCACAGCUCUGGGUGCUGGUCCUUUGUGGCCCUGCAGCUCUGGGUGCUGGUGCUGCACCGUCCCGUGGUGCCGUCGGUGGGUUCUGCGUGGCCACGUGCCAGGUUUGGGGGUCCCGGCGGACCCCCCGGCCCGGCCCUGCGGCGCUUCCUGGGACCCUGUCGGCCCUGCUGCACCUUUGGGGGGGUGCUGGGUCCCAGCGGGUGCCGCGGCGAGGGCCCGGCGCGGCAUUGGCACAUCCCAGGCAGGCCGGCGCCGGUGCCGGUGCCGGCGGGAAGCGGGUUCCCCCGGGAACGGGUGCCGGCGGCGGUGGGGACCCGGCGGGGACCGUGGGGAUGCCUGGGGCAAAAGGCGUUCAGUUUUUAAUGUACCCGACUCACGUCUUUUUUUAAAAACAACCAGACAAAUUCUGUUGCACAGCCCUAGACGAAAACUCAAAACAACACAGAAAGGCCUAAAUUCCUUAAGAUCCGCCGAGGGAGUGGGGACAAACACGGUGCUAAAACAUUUUAUUAAAAAUAUAUAUUGUUAAAUUAA